AAACCUGCUAAUCUCCUCUCAGCCUCUCACCAAACAUGCAGACACUAUUGUUACGCUGCUAAAGUUUCACUUCCUGGCUCAGCUGGGUUCUUUUUUUUUUGCAUUAAUACUUUUAUUCGCUGCCCCCUUGUUUCUGCCCGUGUUUGGUCUUUUUAUCUUUCUUUUGUUGUUUUGUUGCCACAUCCUGUGUGCAGGGAGAGAGAAGAAGACGGAGAAGAGUUGCAGAGAAGGGAGGCCGGGGGUGCUGAGCGGCCAGGGCUGUCGCAGAGCCAGAAUGAGCGAGGAGAAUAAGGAGUGGGCAAUCCUGAGCCCAGAGGAGUUCACCCAGCUGCAGAAGUACAUUGAUUAUAGUACCAAAAAGGUUCAAGAUGUUCUGCAGGAUUUUUAUGGAGAUGACACCCACCAGUCCGAAGAGUCAAUAGAUUAUGAGGGAUUUCAGCGUUUCUUGAGAACAUAUCUGGAGGCAGAAGAUAUUUCUCCUGAUCUCUGCAAACGGCUUUUCAUGUCAUUCCAGGCCGCACCCAAUGUGACUAGAGAGCAGACAGAUGGUGCAAAGGAGAUAGGCCGAGUGAGUCUGCAUGAUGUGUUCUGCUAUUUUUCCUUACUGGAAGGGGGGACUGCUGAGGACAAACUGGAGUUUACUUUUAAAUUAUAUGAUAAAGACAGCAAUGGACUUCUGGACAGUUCGGAGGUAGAUCGAAUCAUAACCCAAAUGAUGAGAGUUGCUGAGUACCUGGACUGGGAUAUUACAGAGCUUAAACCGAUGCUGGAAGAGAUGAUGCGACAGGUGGAUUAUGAUGGCAAUGGAACCGUGUCCUAUGAGGAAUGGCUUAAGGGAGGGCUCACCACAGUGCCCCUACUGGUGCUGCUUGGAAUGGAAGUUAAUAUUAAAGAUGAUGGUCAACAUUUGUGGCGUCUCAAACAUUUUAACCGACCUGUGUACUGUAAUGUGUGUGAAGCAUUGCUGUUUGGUGUCAGGAAACAAGGCCUGUGCUGCACAUUCUGUAAGUUUACUGUGCAUGAACGCUGUGCUCGCAAAGCACCAAAUACCUGCAUCAGCACAUACGCCAAGUCCCGUAAAGAUGCAAGUGGACAGACUCACAUAUGGGUUAAAGGUGGAUGUGAGGCCAGCAAGUGUGAACGAUGUCAGAAAAAGAUAAAAAGUUUCCAGAGUCUUACUGGCCAACGCUGUGUCUGGUGUCAUGUCAAGGCUCAUGAUGAAUGUGUUUCCAUGUUGCCUCUGAAGUGUGAUGGUGGCAUCCUACGUGACCAUAUAUUGCCUCCUUCUUCCAUUUAUCCAGUAAUUCUGGAACGACAGAACAGUCAGAAGAACCUUAUAGGUUCUUCAGACGAAACAUCACAGACAUUCAGCGCUGCAGAGGGACAAGCACUUCGAAUAGUCCCAAUGCUAGAUACACACCCACUACUUGUCUUUGUCAACCCAAAGAGUGGAGGAAAGCAGGGGGAAAGAGUUCUUCGCAAGUUCCAGUAUCUAUUGAACCCCCGUCAAGUUUAUAACCUAGUGAAGGUCGGUCCAGCACCUGGGCUCAACUUUUUCCGGGAUGCUCCCAUCUACCGGGUUUUGGUGUGUGGUGGGGAUGGCACAGUCGGAUGGAUUUUGGAUGCCAUUGAUAAAGCCAAUCUUCCCGAAAGGCCUCCUGUAGCUGUCUUGCCAUUGGGUACUGGGAAUGACCUAGCACGAUGUCUAAGAUGGGGAGGAGGGUAUGAUGGAGAAAAUCUAGUUAAAGUUUUAAAGGACAUUGAAAGCAGUACAAUUCUUUUAAUGGACCGAUGGAACAUUGAGGUCACACCUGAGAAUCCUAACGAAAAAGGAGAUCCUGUCCCAUAUGAGAUAAUCAACAACUACUUUUCCAUUGGAGUGGAUGCCUCCAUUGCACAUCGUUUCCAUGUUAUGAGGGAGAAAUAUCCUGAGAAGUUUAACAGCAGGAUGAAGAAUAAACUCUGGUAUUUUGAGUUUGCAACGUCAGAAACGGUUUUCUCUACAUGUAAGAAGUUGAGAGAUGAUGUAACAAUAGAGUGUUGUGGCUCCCCCUUGGAUCUCAGUUCUGUGUCCCUAGAAGGCAUUGCUGUCAUUAACAUUCCCAGCAUGCAUGGUGGCUCCAAUCUGUGGGGAGAGACCAGGAAACCUUUGGGAGAAGCUCGAAAUGCUUCCUGUCAGAACUUACCAGAGGCCAUUAUUGAUCCCGAGGCCUUAAAGUCAUGUGUUCAAGACCUUAGUGAUAAGAGGCUAGAAGUAGUGGGGCUUGAGAGUGCCAUUGAGAUGGGACAAAUUUACACUGGACUGAAAAGCGCAAGAAAACGGCUGGCCAAAUGCUCAGAGCUUAUUAUUCGAACCACAAAGCCACUUCCAAUGCAGAUUGAUGGGGAACCCUGGAUGCAGCCUCCUUGCACGAUUAAGAUCACACACAAGAAUCAGGCUCCAAUGUUGCUGGCACCUCCACCACGCUCCUCAAGCUUUUUCUCCCUUAAGUAAUAUCCAGGAUGAACAUUCCUAUCUUGAUGACGAUAACCUCUUCUACCAUCAGAAGUCAAUAGACUAUCAGCAUAACCCUUUCCCUUCCUAUCUCCCUUG